AUGGCUCCCCACGAAGGACUGGUUCACCCCAAAGAAUAUGACAUCAAAGACAGCAAUGUCGAAUUGAUCGGAUCAGACCUUGACCACCGUGUCAAGUACAAUUCAGCCGCUUCAGAGCCCGCCUGGAACACUGGAAAGGUGGGACAAGAAGCAGGCCUUUUUAUUUGGCGCAUUGAGAACUUUGAAGUGGUUCCCUGGCCCAAAGAGAAGACUGGCGAAUUUUACGACGGCGACAGCUUCAUUGUAUUGCAUACAUACAAAGUCGGCGAUGACAAGCUAGGCCACGAUAUCUUUUUUUGGCUAGGAAGCAAGACCACACAGGAUGAAGCCGGCACAGCUGCAUAUAAGACAGUUGAGCUGGAUGAGUUCUUGCAUGGCGCUGCGACUCAACAUCGUGAGAUCCAGCAACAGCCCUCAGAAGAGUUCCUGUCUCUCUUCCGUCAUUAUUCUAUUCGCUCUGGUGGCGUGCGCUCCGGGUUCAACCAUGUUGAGCCCGAAGAGCCGAAGGAGGUUCUUACCCUGCUCCGCAUCUUCAAGUAUCCUGGAUCUGGUCGCAUCAGCCCUCUUAUCGUGCAUGAGGUUGAGCCGACUUGGGAAAGCUUGGAUGAGAAUGAUGUCUUUGUUUUGGACAAAGGCGACAAGAUCUGGGUUUGGCAGGGCAAGAAAUGUAGCCCGAUGGAGAAAGCUAAGGCUGCGCAAGUUGUGAAUGACUUGACAAUGGCGAAGCACGUUGAUGUUGAAGUGCUUUCUCAACUCGAGUCGAGAUCCAAGAUCAUUGUGGAUUUGCUGGGUGGAAAGGAGGCCGAUCACUCGUCUUUGCAUGCACAGAGACCCGGCUACUUUUCCAAGACGACACACGAAGACAGCGGCAGCUCUCGUCCUCGCAAGCUGUUCCGCCUCAGCGACUCGUCGGGAGACUUGUCAUUCGACCUCAUCAAAGAUGGUGGCCGGAUUCAACAAUCUGAUUUGGAUGGCAAAGAUGUUUUCCUCUAUGAUGUCGGCAGCCGGCUUUGGGUCUGGCAAGGUGCUGAGGCUAGUGAUAGGGAGAAAGCUGUGUGGAUCAAGGUUGCCCAGGCCUACAUUCGCCACCUUCAGGAUAGCCAAGGGCCCUCCGAUGCUUUCCUCACUCCAAUUUCCAAGGUUGUUCAGGGACAUGAGAGUCCAGCUUUCAUGAAGGCAAUCGCAGUCUAA